AUGGUGAUCAGUCCUAAAUGGGAUGACUAUAAAGAAGACGGUGUAGAGAGAGCAUCUGCAGUGAAGAAAAAGAUAUUAGAUGAGUUGUUUUGGGAGGAGCUUGAAUAUGCUUUAUCUUUCACUUUGCCCAUCUAUAGCGUGAUUAGAGCUGCUGAUACUGAUAAACCUUCUCUUCAUCUGGUUUAUGAAUGGUGGGAAAGUAUGAUUCAGAAUGUCAAAAGAGCAAUCUUCAAAAAAGAAAGGAAACAACUUAAUGAAGAUUCCGUCUUUUGGACUGCGGUGCACUCGAUUUUGACUUCUCGUUGGAGUAAGAGUAAUACUCCUCUUCAUUGUAUGGCACAUUCUCUAAACCCCAAGUACUAUAGUUCAGAGUGGCUUGCAGAAGAAGACAGUAGAAAAGCUCCACAUCAAGAUUUGGAGGUUACUAGAGAAAGAAAAAAUUGCAUCUUAAAGUAUUUUCCAAAUCAAGAUGAAAGGAGAGAGGUUAACGUUGAAUAUUCUAACUUCUCUUUAUGCAUGGAGGACUUUGGUAGUGUUGAUGUGAUUCAUGAUAGGUUUAUCUUAGAACCUUUGAGAUGGUGGGCAGUUCAUGGAUCUUCGGCACCAAAACUUCAAAUCUUAGCAUUCAAGUUACUUGGACAACCAUCUUCAUCCUCAUGCUGCGAAAGGAAUUGGAGUACAUACAAGUUCAUUCAUUCUGCUAUAAGAAACAAGAUUGUUCCCCAAAGAGCUGAAGAUUUAGUAUUUGUGCAUACUAACCUCCGUCUUCUAUCAAGAAGGAGCUCUUCUUAUAAAGAAGGCCCUAGCUGUAUGUGGGAUGUAGGAGGUGAUCAAUUUGAUUCGCUGGAUGAGAUUAAUUUGGGAAGACUUGAGUUUGAAGAUCUUUCUCUUGAUGAACCAGAAUUGGAAGCUGUUUUGUUUGGUGGAGAUGGGGAAAAUGAGAACAAUGAUGAGUUCGAUAUUUGA